AUGCCCCUGACUGCCAGUGCCAUGGACUUUUUUCAGCUCUUUGUACCUGACAACGUACUAAAGAAUAUGGUGGUCCAAACCAACAUGUAUGCCAAGAAGUACCAGGAGAGGUUCGGUAGUGAUGACGCCUGGAUUGACGUCACCUUGACAGAAAUGAAGGCCUUCUUAGGGUACAUGAUAUCAACCAGCAUCCACCACUGUGAGUCUGUUCUCAGCAUCUGGAGCAGCGGCUUCUACAGCAACAAAAGCAUUGCACUUAUCAUGACGCAAUCACGAUUUGAGAAGAUCCUGAAGUACUUCCACAUUGUGGCCUUCCGCUCAAGCCAGACAACACAUGGCCUCUACAAAAUACAGCCUUUUCUGGACUCUCUGCAGAAUGGCUUUGACUCUGCUUUUAGACCUUCACAAGCCCAGGUACUACAUGAGCCCCUGAUUGACGAGGAUCCUGUUUUCAUUGCCACAUGCACGGAGAGGGAGCUGCGCAAGAGGAAAAAGAGGAAAUUCAGUCUCUGGGUUCGGCAGUGCUCGUCCACUGGUUUCAUCUGCCAGAUUUAUGUGCAUCUCAAAGAAGGGAGUGGUGCUGAUGGACUGGAUGCUUUGAAGAACAAACCGCAGCUCCACAGUAUGGUGGCCAAAAGCCUUUGUCAGAAUGCCUCUGGGAAGAACUACAUCAUCUUCACUGGCCCAAGCAUUACCAGCCUGAAUCUCUUUGAAGAAUUUGAAAAGCAAGAGAUUUACUGCUGUGGGUUGCUGAGCGCCAGGAAAAGUGACUGCACAGGCCUACCUCCGUCCAUGCUGAACAACCCUGAAACUCCCCCGUCCAGAGGACAGUACAGAAUAAGAAUGAAGGGAAACAUGUCCUUGAUCUGCUGGUACAAUAAAGGGCACUUUCGUUUUUUGACCAACGCCUAUUCACCGGUUCAACAAGGAGUUAUAAUUAAGAGAAAAAGCGGAGAAAUUCCAUGCCCGUUGGCGGUUGAAGCCUUUGCUGCUCACCUUAGCUAUAUCUGCAAAUAUGACGACAAAUACAGCAAGUAUUUCAUUUCUCACAAACCAAACAAGACCUGGCAACAAGUAUUCUGGUUUGCCAUCAGCAUCGCUAUAAACAAUGCCUAUAUCCUCUACAAAAUGUCAGAGGCCUACCAUGUGACAAGGUAUAGCCGUGCACAGUUUGGUGAAAGACUCGUAAAGGAGCUUCUGGGCUUGGAAGACACCUCACCCACCCAUUGAUGCAUUGUUCUUGGUGGUGUAGGUAGGGGUGGAGGGUAAGCAGAAGAAGAUACCACACCUGGAACAGCAAAGCAAGGAACUUGUGACACCACCAGUGCUGUCCUUAUCCAAAAAAUGCCAAGUGAUGCCACUAGAGUGGUGGAAACUGUUCCUAGUAGCAGCUGGAUGUAAGCACGGCCUGCAGAAAGUGCCACUGGAAAAGCUGACACAAAAUUGCAUAUGUGAAUGCCCUGUGGGAAUCUGUACACCAGAAACAGACUUAAAUUAGUCAUCAUCUCAAUACUAUUUGUUGAACAGGGUCAUCUUGU